UCAAGCCGUCAAGGUUACAUGUUUUAAUACGUGUAACUCCUAUUAAAUUUGACAUGCAUAAUAUUUAUGUUUUCUUGUGUAUAAAUGAAUCUAUCAUAUUUUACAUGCUCCCAUUUUGCCGUUGGAUCUAUUACAUUUUAAACGUAAGAAAUGGCGGCGUUUAGCAUUUUAACGAUAGCUGCAUGCUUCUCAUUAACACUUGCACAGAUGUCAAGUCUUAACGACCUGCUUACCCUGCAAGCACUGGACGUUGAUAUCCCGGACGCAGCUAUCGGGCAUGCUCUAAGAGGUGGUGGAUUAUCGUCCUUGUUAUCUAGAAGAAGAGGAGGACACCACAACUUUGGUGGUUUUCAGUUUGGAAGACAAGCUAGUGUUCCACAGACAAUACUACCACAAGCCAAUCUACAACAAGCGCAAUUACAGCAGGCAAAUCUUGGAUCAUUCGGGAAUGCAAGACAGACAUUACAACAGUUCACAGGAGGAAAUGCUCUUCAGCAAAGGGGAAAUGUUGGAUUCCUUAACCAACAACAGCAACAAUUAGCACCUGCAAACCUUGGUCAGUUUGCAUCAAAUGCACUUGGUGGAAACACAGGUUUAACACAGUUGCCACAACAACCAAAACUAAGCGACUUUGGAACCGGCAGUCAGAACUUAUUCUCUCAACAAUCUUCUAUGAAUGCGUUAGGAGGUUCUCAAUUUGGAAGUUUAUCAGGUCAGAAUAGAUUAACAGGAAAUCAAUUACAAGGGUUUGGAAGAGCCAGCAGAUCACUUAGACGUGGAAAUGCAGGAGUAGGAGGCAGAAGUUUGUCAGUGCUUGGAUAAUUUUAUAAAAAGGUAUGUGUUUCGAGGAAGAUAGUUUCAACAGAAGAUUUCAUAUAUAUUUUUCUAAUAAACAUUCAUUUAAUUUAUUGACAAUUAUUAUAGAAUUUAUGUGAAAUCCAAGUACAUAUAGUGUGUUACAUUUUAUAAAUAGAUUUACUCUAUUCAUGUACAUUUUUAAAUAAUGAAUGUAUUCAAUACACAUACAUAUUGACAUUUCAUUUGAAGCCACUUCAAAUCCGGCGGUUAACAGGAAACAGCACAAUUUCAAAUGAACUGAAAGAGACACCAUUUGGUUAUAACAUAUCGAAUUGUUGCCAUGAUACACUCUCAGAUGUAUAUUUAAUGUUGCCAAAAGAAUAUCUGAAAAAUUAAUCAUUUUCGGGAUAUACUAUUAGAUAUUUCGAUAUCACACAUUCAUCAAGAUUACAUGUAUUGUAUAUUUUUCCAUUUGUAUUUAUUAUAAAUCAUUGCAAUUUAA